AUGUCCUCCACUCUUGUGGCCGUGUACGAGCAGGCAUGUAGCGAUGCCACCGUGCUGCCCAACUCAGCGCUGACCCGUUGCUUCGCUGUCGCCGAACAAGCUACGCCGCUGCAGGUGUUGUCCCUUAACACGAACCUUAUUGGGCCGCGUGGACUCGUAGCGCUCUUACCUGUGCUACGCGAGUGUCGGCACACCUUGCACACUAUCGACCUCAGCCACAACCGCCUCGACAACGCCUCCAUUCGACAGCUGGUGCUGUGCUUCUCAUGCAGCGGCUUUUCCGCACUGCGCCGACUCGAGCUGCGGGGCAACCUGGUCACCUAUCAGGGUGGCAAGUGCCUUGUCCACUGGUGUGAGGGGCUGCACACGGUGAGGCAAGCACACCGCACGCGGCAGGCCGGCGGUGGUGAGGUGGACGACAGAAACGCUGAUUAUCUCGCGUCGGCCGCGCCAUCUGGCGCGCUAACGUCGCCGCCUUGCUGCACCGAGUACUGGUGUGAUGCGGCCGAUGUCCACAUCGACUACAUCGGCGUCGAAGACACCGCCAUGCCGGAGAUGUUGCAGAGGGCUCUCCGUCAGCGAAUCACUGCCGCCAUAGCGCGUCGUGAGGCGCGUCGGCUAAGGCACAGCCCGCAGCGACGCCGUCUCAGUUGCGUUUUGGCGCGCGAGUCGGGCCCCGUGGCAGACACAUUCGGCGCGGCCGACUCUCCAAGACAGUCCUCGGCGGAUGCCGAGAGUGUCAAGGCGCCUGUCCCUGCUAGCCCCCCGAUCGUGGGUGCGGCACACCCCUUCUCGCGGAGCCCGGCCGACUUUUUCAUGGAUGGCAAUGAGGAUCCGCCAUACAGCGACGGCAUGAAGGUCGACGCCGCCGUCGGUGCCGCAGCAGUCGCCGUCACAGAGGCUCGUGCGACAAGCGUUCCUUGCUUUCUCCAGGAUGAUAUCGACAUGGACGCCCUUCACAAACCCGCCCACGACUACGUUAGCGCCGAGGACACCGUUUCAGGUGGAGCGGAGGAGUUGGAGGACGUCAUGGACGGCAGCGGUCAUCGCAGCGACAACAGCCCCGCUGCCGGGGUCGCCGUCCCGCUCUUGGGUGCCGGAGGGUAUACAGAUCAGCGGUCAUUGGCACCGCACCGGCGAUCGGGCUCCGUGGCAGACACGUUGCCCUUCCCAAACCACUCCCUGAAAGAGGGUAGCGGGACCGAUGCGCGGUGCGCGGUGUCGUGCCUGCAUCCGGCAUCGCCGCCGCCGAUGUCCCCUACUUCUUCGGACGGCUGCACUUUGUACACCGCCAAGCCUUCAGCAGCAGAGCAGCAGCAAGAGGAAGUGGAACAAUACCCUCCUCCUCCGCUAAAGACUGCCUCGAACAUCUUGGAUGGGUUGGGGAUGAAGGCUGUCACCGAAACAGCUGGCGGUGGCGGUGGUAUGGAAGAGGAUGCCGAUGCAGUGCCUAUGUGGCUCAUGGAACUGUAG